AUGAACUCCGAAUCCGGUGACAUAGAUAUAUUAGAUCAAUACAUGAACAUUUCAAAUAAACUGAAGAAACGAUUCUUGAAAAAACCUAAUGUUACUGAAGCCUGUGAAUCCUUCACAAGCUUGGCAAAGCAAUGUGAAACGCAGGAAUUACCCCAAUAUGCAGGUCUAUGCUGGAUUGCAGCAGCUAGAUGUGAAGGUUCUUUACUGAAUAAUACAGGAGAGACAUCUUGUUUAGUGCAAUCAGCUAGGCAGCUUUUCAAAGCUGAAGAGAGAGAUAUUAGCAUGGGAUGUAAAAAUGUACCUGGAGAAUAUUUCCAGGCUGGUUUGAGUUGUUAUGCCCAUGCAGCUAGUAGGUAUCCAGAAAACUGUUCAAUGCCUAUAAGCCUAGAUCUGGAAAUAGUUGACUUCCUGAAGAGAAUUGGAAGGCCUCAGUAUAUCCAGGAUUACCUGGAUGAUUCCAUCAAAUUGUCCAGAGACAGAGUGGGCACUAAAAUUCAUUGUUUGGAAUUACUGGCCUCACAUUUUAUUAAUUCUGGCGAUUUUGUUGCUGCUUUCAACACAUUUUUGGAAAUCUCGAAUUUGGUUGAGGAACUACCUUGUAGUGGCCACAAAGCAGAAAUACUCCUGAAGUGUGAACUAAAUAGUGUGUUUCUAUUACUCAUACUCCGUCCGAGUCCACAAAAAUUAUCGCCGAAUUUGGCAAAGAUCUUGGAGAAAUAUACCUGGGGUGAUAAAAACGACAACAGCUUGAAAGCUUGUAGAAUGAAAGAAGAUACAUUUUUGCUACUUCAGUCACUAGUGACGAUAUGUCAGUCUCUAGAUACAAGUAGCCUCGUGGAUUUAGAAACAGAUUUUUGGAAAAUAUUGUCCAAAGAAGAGAAGGAGUUGCUGAGAAUAUUAGUGAAAACUUAUCAGAUGUAG